AUGCUAUUCAGUUGGCCUUAUCCGGAAGCCCCGAUUGAAGGUUAUUGGGGCAAGCCUACUUCACUGAUCGAUUGGUGCGAGGAAAAUUAUGUCGUAUCCCCAUACAUUGCAGAAUGGUCGAAUACUAUUACCAACAGUAUAUUUUUAAUGACCGCUUUUUAUUCUACGUACAGUGCUUGGCGUAACAGACUGGAAACAAGGUACAUUCUGAUAGGAAUGGGGUUUUCACUGGUUGGUAUUGGUUCAUGGUUAUUCCACAUGACCUUGCAGUACCGUUACCAAUUGUUGGACGAGUUACCUAUGCUGUAUGCGACCAUCAUCCCAUCGUGGGGCAUUUUUGCAGAAACUCAAGAGUUAUUGAUCAAAGAUGUGGAAAAGAGGAAAGAAAGCUCAUUUAGGAUCCAGUUGGUCAUUUCCUUUAUCAUGUGUGGUGUAGUCACUGUUUUAACUUGGAUUUACGUCGUCGUUCAAAAACCAGCAAUCUUCCAAGUCCUUUAUGGUAUUUUGACCCUUAUGGUUGUGUUUCUUUCUGGUUGGCUGACCUAUAAUCACGUCCAUGACCCAGUUGCAAAAAGAAAUCUUUUCAUCACAAUGGUCAUGGGUAUGGUGCCCUUUGUCAUUGGGUUCAUCUGCUGGCAAUUAGAUAUUCACUUGUGUUCUUUCUGGGUUUAUGUUAGAAGAACUUAUUUGGCCUUGCCGUUGGGUGUGUUUUUGGAGCUGCAUGCUUGGUGGCAUCUUUUGACUGGUACAGGUGUUUACAUCUUUGUCGUGUAUUUGCAAUAUCUGAGAAUAUUGACCCAUGGAAAUCCGGAUGACUUCAUAUUCAUAUGGAGGUGGAAGUUUUUCCCUGAAUUAGUAAGAAAGGGCUUACCGAUUGGUACUUCUUAUUCAAUGGAGUGUCUUGGCCCAAUUGUCAAUGCCCAAACAGAUGACAAAACAAAAAAGAACAACUAA